AUGGAGUACAUGUCUAGGAUUCUCAAAGUAGCAAGGGAAACCAAAGGCUUCUCCUUCCACCCUCGAUGCCUCAGAAUGAAGCUCAACCACCUUGUCUUUGCUGAUGACUUAAUGUUGUUCUGCAAAGGGGAUAUGAAGUCUAUAAUGAUUCUUAAGCAACGAGUGGAAACCUUUUCGGCAAGUUCGGGUCUAUGCGCCAAUAACUCCAAAUCAAGGAUAUACCUUGCCGGGAUUGAUCAGGAGUUUAGAAAUCAAGCAGCUCAAAGCCUGGAGUUCACAUCUGAAAACCUUCCUGUCCGCUACAUAGGGAUGCCCCUCACCUCUAAACGGUACACAAUUGCAGACUAUGAAUAUCUAGUGGAAGAGAUGACAAACCAGAUUAGGUUUUGGUAUGCUAGGUAA